AGUGCCACGCACGCCUGCAGGCCCUCCGCUCAUCCCCGAGUAAGUAAUCAGACCAGAUAUUCGGUCGCUUGCCUUGCCGCCGCCGAGACCAGUCGGGGCCCUCGCCAUCACACAGCGCGGCAGUCCUUGAGGCUGUUGUCUUCCCGCAACUUCUCAAGCUCACAGGUGUCGCCGGAACCAGAGAGGUGUCGCGUGAAGUGUCUUAGGGUAGACGCGAAGGCGAAAACUCUGGGCGCCGCCGUGCCACCACGCCCGACCUGCCCCUGAUCGCCGCGGGGAGCCACAGCGCCGACGGAGUGAAAGUGAAACCUCGCUCAGUGACGGUGGCUUCCAGAUAACGAUGGCUGCUGUAGUCUAUUACUACGAGCGCGGAGGGAACUGAUCCCUUGUCUAGUAGCCUCCUUAUCACCCAGUCCUUUCCUCUCGCUCCUCAGCUCCAUUGCUAUUUCUACUUUCGGUCCUAGUUCUAUAGCAUUUGCCCGAUUUUGGCAUUCUUAACCUCGAUCCCUCUCUCCUCGCCCAGUAUUAAUAACUUUAGGGAGAAGUAGUUUUCAAGGAUGGAAAGCUGCCCAUAAUUUCACAGGAUAUGCCAUUAGCUCUACCGAUUUUGGAGAAAACUAUAAGCGAAAUUCAAGAACUAUCGCAGAAUAUGUCACUUGACAGAAUAUAAUACAAGGCAGUCAUACAAGGAGAAAGCCAAAAGAAGAGAGAGGAACAGCGUUGAUCGCAGGAGAAAAUUCACGAGAGAGGAGCCAGUCGGUGAGGACAGCGCACGACAGGAUUAGGCCCAAACACAGCCCUCGUGGAGGUCAGUGUACCUUUGGGCGUCCUCGCGGGCAGGCAACAGUGUGAGCUCUGUCCUGUUCAACCGCUCUUUUCCCAUGAGCCUAAAUGAGCUGUAUAGCCCAGAUUUCAGUGUGUGAAGAAACAUCGGGACAGCCAGCGAGCCCUGGUUUGCACGGAAGUCAUUGGAGCUUCAAUAUCUGACGUUGUCACGAGGAAAACUUGAUGGAAAAUGCAUCUGUAUCAAGUUUGGAAUUUUACAAAAUUUCGUCAGUUACUUUAAAAUCCUGCUACUGCAUCAUGGGAAAAUAAAACUGGUAUUUUAAUCCGACCAUAAAUUCUCUUUGUGGCUGCUUUGUAACUACAUUGUCACAUACUCCACCUUGAGUCGCGUGGGAACGCCACAGAGGACCUAGCUCGCCUGAUGCCUGCUGGCUACGAAGUGACACCUCGAGCAGAAGGUACGGGAGCAACUUUUAGUAAACAGUUCAAACUGAAGGACGGCACUCGUGCCAACCCAUCUGUGACGCCACGUUACUGAGUGUGCUUGGUGCCAACCUUUGAGAGUAGCGCUGAAGUUUAGAGAAAUCAGGUGGUUAGCUGGACCGUCAACAGAGUUACUAGAGCGUGAGCCCCAGGUUGCGAAGCCCGCAAGAUGUGUCAAGUCCCCGUCAGCACCGAGGGGAAGGAGGAGCGGCCAGGGCAAGAGGGGGAGGGCGGGGAAACGCGGGAGCUCCUCGAGGUCAGUACCCACGCCUCGGCAGCCGCCAAGGACCACCUCGAGGGAAAGAAGAAGCAGGAGGAAGAGGAGGCGCUUUUGAGGGAGAAGAGGCAUGGACACCACGAGGACAAUGACGGCAUGUAUGACGGCACGGAGGCGAGGCAGACGUGGGCCAACAAGGCGCAGUUCGUGCUGGCGUGCAUCGGGUACGCCGUCGGGCUGGGCAACCUGUGGCGGUUCCCCUACUUGUGCUACAAGAGCGGUGGAGGUGCAUUUCUCAUACCAUAUUUCCUGAUGCUGUUCCUGUGCGGCAUCCCCCUGCUGCUGAUGGAGCUGACUCUGGGCCAGUACACACGGAGAGGGCCAAUUGGUGCCUUAGAGAAGAUAUGCCCCCUUUUUAAAGGUGCUGGUGUGGGAACUGUGAUAAUGUCCUUCUUGCUUGGAACCUACUACAAUGUCAUUAUUGCAUGGGCCAUAUUUUAUCUCUUUCAGUCAUUUACUAUAGAUUUACCCUGGCGAAAUUGCAAUACAACUUGGGCAAUUACUUGCUUUGAUGAUUAUGGUGUUAAUGUUACUGCCCCAAACGGUACCAAGUCUGCUACUGAAGAAUUUUUUGAUGAAGUAGUUCUUGAGAAGAGUGCAGGCAUAGAGGAGAUGGGGACAAUGAGGCUGGAACUGGUGCUGGCGCUCCUGGGGGCCUGGGCACUCGUCUACUUCUCGCUCUGGAAGUCUGUCAAGUCCUCCGGCAAAGUGGUAUAUGUGACUGCAACCUUGCCUUACUUACUAAUCGGGGCAUUCCUAUGGAGAGCAUUGACGCUGCCAGGAGCAAGUACAGGUCUCCGGUAUUUUUUCAGUCCUCGCUGGGAACUUCUAGGAACGGCUGAGGUGUGGGUCAAUGCAGCUGCCCAAAAUUUCAACAGUAUUGGUAUUGCCUUUGGAUCUCUGAUUGCCUUCUCCUCGUACAACAAGUUCAACAACAAUAUCGUCUUAGACACCUGGGCCAUCAGUCUCACAAACUCUUUUACUUCACUGCUUUCUGGGAUGAUUGUUUUCUCAACGCUUGGGAAUAUAGCACUUGAGCAGGGCAAGGAUGUUGAUGAUGUUGUUGCACAAGGACCAGGACUGGUGUUCAUGGUUUAUCCGCAAGCCCUGGCCAAGAUGCCAUACGCAUCCCUGUGGGCGAUCCUGUUCUUCUUCAUGUUACUGAUCCUUGGCCUUGACUCUCAGUUUGCUACAGUGGAGGUUAUAAUUACAUCUCUCCAAGAUGGUUUUCCAAGAUGGAUUCAGAAGUAUUUGAGACGUCAUGAAGUUCUGGUUUUGGUCGUCUGCUUUAUUUCUUUCCUAAUUGGUCUGCCAAAUGUAAUGCAGGGUGGCAUCUACUUUUUCCAACUAAUUGACUAUUAUGCUGCAGCUGUAUCUCUUAUGUACUUGGCCUUCUUCGAAGUGAUUGGUGUGGUUUGGGUGUAUGGGGCUGGCAGAUUGUCCAGAAAUCUUCGGGAAAUGACUGGAAAACAACCUUCACUCUAUUUUCGUUUCUGUUGGUAUGCUGCGGCUCCGGUGUUGAUAUUUGCAAUUUGGAUAUUCUCGAUUGUGGACUACAAGGAACCAACAUACAAUAAAGGGGAGUACAAGUAUCCAGGGUGGGCAAUUGGCAUAGGAUGGAUAAUUGCUUCAUGUUCCAUUCUACCAAUUCCCAUUUUUGCUGUGAUUGCAGUUAUCAAAGCCAAAGGAUCUAAUAUCUGGGAGAAAAUGCGGAAUUCAGUUCGUUCUCAAAUUGAGGAGUGCCCAUGUUGUGGACGUGCCACCAACUGCUUGGAUGAAGCUCACAAUGCUGGAGAGGAAUACAUGGACCGUCAGGUGAAGCUGGUGGUGUACAACCCACCUAUGGCCAAUGGGGAUGCUAAGGCUGUCCAAGCUACUGCCGAGAAGGGAGAAGAAAAUGAAAACAAGGAGAAGGAAAAGAAUGUUGCAUGAAAAAAAUCCUAUAGCAGCUCUUUGCUUCAUAAUAUGCUGAUGGCUGAAUAUACUUAUACUAUUGGGACCAAGCAUAUUUAUCCUGAGAGGGCAAAGCCCACUAAAAGUGCCUUUUAAGAAUGUUUUUAUUAAUAUUGUAUUAUCACAUUUUCAGAUUGAAGCAAAAGAUAUCAGCCCAUGUUAUAUAAGGUCUCUAUUAGUGUUAUAAUCCUUUAGAAAGAGGAAAUUUUUAUUAUCAAACGACAGUGUAUUAUUGCAACAUUUUAUUGUCUUUUUGAACUGAAGGAUUAAUGAUAACUAUGAGGGCAGAACUAGAAUUCAGAUGUUAAUUGGAAGUAUUUAUUGAAGUUAACUUUAAUGCAUUUCAAAGUAUUAAUAAAGAGUAUUAAUGCAUUUCCUAAAAAUACACAAAAUAAUUAUGAGGCAGCUUCUUGGUGUGAUUUUCAUUCCUGGUUAAAAUGUUUAUAUUUAUAUACAAAGCACAAAAGCACAUCUUAGAACUGCACUAUAGAAGACUAUAGCAAUAUUUGUCCAGUGAUGUAAGUGUGUAAUAUCCUGUUUGUUUUUAUCCAUUUUACCUUGGGAAGGUAAUUUUUAUUUAAUCUCCCUUGAAGGGGGUCUAGAAAAGAUUAUAUUCUUAUUUUCACAUAGAAAGUGGAGCAUUUUAUAUUUUCCUAAAUGCAUCAAUGACACAAAUAUUUAUUUUACACAUAUCUAGUUUGGGCUACAUUUUGCUCAGCCAAAUUAUAAUGAAUGAUAAUACCUAUCCUGUAUGUCUAAAGACAGGUUGUUAAGGAAAUUUCUCAUUUUAAGAAAUUAUAGCUAUUCAGAUAGAAUUUAAACAGAUGUCAUAAUUUAAGGAGAAGUUUUAGGAACCCACUUUUUCUCUCUUUUCUGUUACUGAUUCAUGACUUCAGAAUUAACUCUUCCAGUAUCAGGAAGAAACAUAUUUUUGAUUUAUGUAUUAAAUUGUAGACUAUUGCUGAGAUGAAUGGUAGUUAUUUUUGGCACUUGAAAUAAUAAUAAUUAAAGUAUAAGUGUAUUCUCCCCAGUUUAUUACUUGAUAUGUAAUACCACAUACUACUGAAAGUUGUGAAGCAAAAAAAACAAAAAAAAAAAACAAAAAAACAAAAAAAAUUUGAUGAAUGCAGUAAUGUUGAUAUUUGAAGGGAAGUUUGCUGAAGUUCAGACAAAGUGUAAUCAAGGUCUUUUUAGCAAUUUGUAAAUACUCAGAAAAUAUAUGCAUGAGGAAUAUUAAAAUAUAUUUUAAAGUAAUUGUGAUUACAAGAUUUUUUUUUCUUUCAUCUCCCUCCUUUUUCUGUAUUGAUUUUUUUUUUUAUUAUUAUAAAGAAAGAAUGAGGUGUAUGUCUGUUUCUAAAAUGUUAUAGUCAAGUGCUGUAGAUCACAUAAUUGCAAAAUAACAACAGAUCUAUAAAAAUACAAUGUAAAUACAGGAUACACUGAGGAUUUUGUUGAUCAGUAAUUUUUAAAAAUUAAUCUCUUUGUUCUCGGAUAUGUUUAUCAUUAAGAUAUGUAGUGUAUUCCCCCUAAGUUAUAGAAUGAUGUCAGAGUAUUACAAUAUUACAAUAUUUUAUGUAAUAAUUAAUACCUGACUGGUCAUUAAUCUAUUCCAAGAUGUCCUGGUAUUUUAUAGUAUGCAAAAUUAUAACUUCACUUUACAGAUUACAGAUUCUUAUGUAGGUGAUACUUUUAGCUUAUUUUUUCUCUACUUUGCUAGAUGUUGAGAGAGAAUAUAAGCUCUUCAUAAACUUUGUUAUAGCACUGCACUUGGGUUAUGUUUUCCUGUUUGACAAUAUGGCACUCAUUCACAUGUUAAUAUGUAUGAAUGUAUGAGUAUAUUUCUGAUAGAUCUCCAAGUAAUAUUACUUAGGUAAGAGACAACUAUAAUUUUUGACUUAGGUUCAUCUACAUAUAUAUAGUACGGAGCUUUGUAAAAACAAUUCCCACUGGAAAAGUUAUUGGUUAUUAAAGUUACAUAUUAUUUUUAUGUUUUGUUACUUUAUAACAUUUUUUUUUUUUUAUAUAUAAUUCUUGUUGGAUAGGUAUUACACUCAUGUGAAUUUGUUGUUAAUAAUGUGAAGGCAUUAGUACCUUGUAACUAUGUGAAAGAUGUAAUCAUUACUGCAUACUUUGGUAACCCAUAUGAUGGGUUAGGGAUGCUUUCAAUGUACCAUGGAUCAUUUAGUAUCACACAGGUGAUAUUCAUUUUGUAUAUAAUCAUCAAAUUAUAAGGUAAUACUAUCUACUCAUAUUUACAAUAAGAAAUGCACAAGACAAAUAUGGUAUUAAAGCAAGUAUUAUCAUUAUAAUUUUUUUUUUCUUUGCCAAGAAAUAUAUUAUCACUUUGA